UUUUUUAUUUUUUUGCAGACGCUUAUCCUAGGUGGCUCUGAUACCACAACUGCCACAUUAACUUGGGCAAUUUCCCUACUUCUAAACCAUCCCACAGCCCUCAAAACAGUGCAACAAGAAAUAGAUAUGUAUAUUGGACAUGGAAAACUGCGACGGGUAGAUGAAUCAGACACCAAGAACUUAGUUUACCUCCAAGCCAUCGUCAAGGAAACAUUACGACUCUACCCUCCAGGACCCUUAUCCAUACCACGUGAGUCUGUUCAAGAUUGCCAUGUCUCUGGCUACUACGUCCCCAAAGGCACUCGCUUGAUAGUAAACAUUUGGAAGCUCCACCGCGACCCUUGCUUGUCGACUGAACCUGAUGAGUUCAGGCCAAAGAGAUUUCUUACGUGGCAAGCAAAAUCGAAUUUAAAAGGGCAGCAAUUUGAGCUCCUUCCUUUUGGUGCUGGUAGGAGGUCAUGCCCUGGAAACACCUUAACCUAUCAAAUGUUGCAUUUGAUACUAGCUCGGUUGCUACAAGGGUUCAACCUUGCGAUCCUGCCGGGGAAUGAAGAAGUGGAUAUGAGUGAGGGGUUAGGGCUUUCACUGCCUAAGGCAACUCCAUUGGAAGUGUUGGUCACCCCACGCUUGCCGAGUGAGUUUUAUGAUCAGCCAUAGAUAGACCAUCUUAGUUUGUAGUGUGUAUGUUGCAUAUGUAAUGUGCGGUAAAUGGGAGUGUAUACAAGGUCACCUCACCUCUACAUUUUAGGACUCUUGUACCAAUAAGGUGGACCCAUAUUUACAAUAUUUGUUUUUGGAUUAAGUCCAAGAACUAGAAUACAGAUUUGUGAUAAGAAUUA